AAAAUAGAUAUUAGUCAUUCUGUCGCCAAUUUGUGAUUGGGUCUCCUACGGGAAAAUCCCCUGCAUAUGAUUUUUUAACAGUAGUGAUUUUUCUAUGGUUAACAAUGAUGUGAAAUUGUCUCAGCAAUAAACACACAGCAUCAACAAUUCAGUUUGCAAAGAUUGUUUAUAACGUCAGUACGUUUCACGGUGCAGAUACAAAAAAUAGGCAUUUAAUUAAAACUAAAAUAUACAAAAAAGUAUAUAAUAAAUACCAAAUAAAAUACAUACAUAUAAAACUAAGAAAAAUUAAAAAUUUUACAAAAACAAUCGUGAUAAAACCACUCAGCCAGUUAAAACUUUCGUGUGAAGAAAGUCCAUAAAUAUUUUAUAAAUAUUUUAGAGCAAACAAUUCCCUCGAAUUUUAUAUACUCAAAUCAAAUCAUGACAGAUCAUCAAAACCAAAUCAUGGCAGAUUAUCAACACACAACUUUAGAAAUGGACAACAACAAUAUAAGCCAAGAAAUGGAAAAUCUAACAGAUAAAAAUGAUCAUCUACAUGAAUUGUAUCCAACUUCAGACAUUGAUGAUAUUGAUGGUCGCAUACCACGUAUUCCGAAAGCAGUCCCUGAAACUGACGACGAUGAUGAAUAUGAUGAUCGUCCGUUUUCUAUAGGUCCACGCAUGGGUGUCGACGAUGGUUUACUACCAACCGAUGAGCACGGUGUUAUAGGAAAUCAUCAUCCUGUAAAGCCGCCCUCUAGGCGUCCCAGUUUUGCAUUUCCGGUUUCUGCUCCUGGUUUUGUGAAUAUUAAUGGAGUCGAAACCGCCAUUCCUGAUAUAAAUGCUUAUCAACAUAAAAAAACAUUGGCGCAAGGAAUGAUGGAUUUGGCCUUAUUGUCUGCCAAUGCCAAUCAAUUGCGUUACGUGCUGGAGUCCUACCAACGGCAUCCGUACUAUUAUCCCAGUUUAGUUUUUAUUUCCUUGAGUAUAAUUUUUCAAAUUGCAGUCGGAGUUGGUUUGAUACUCAAUAGUAAAUAUGAUGUUAAAGAUGAAAAGGAGAUUUGUCGUGCAAAUAAAAUCAAUAAUUAUACAGUUAUUGGUAUUUUCAUAAUUACAGUGGUAAAUGUUUUUAUAUCCGCUUUUGGUGUAGCCGAUCCCCAAUCGGAAAAGAACACAUAGAAUUCUCAAAUAAUUUAUUAUUAAUUAAUAACAAAUAAUUUAAGUUGAGUAGUUUUUAAGUAUGUUUAAUUUUCACAUUACUUACGUAUAUACACAUAUUUGUAAUACCCUUUUUUAAAUCCCAACGAAUAAAAUUAUUUUUUUAUAUUAAA